UUUGAGUCUCUCGGGGAACAAGGAAACGAUGCUCGAAAAUGGAGGGAGCAUACCCAAACUGUCUUAUUUUAUUUUCUAAAGCAACUUUCAAAACUUCUAGAAAAAAGGUCGGAAAACGGCAUACUUUUUCGUCCAUAUGGAAGCGCUGCUGAAGAUUUAAAGUGCAUUGAGCCAGAUGAUGUGGGAGAUGUGGAUAUUGUGAUAUAUCCUGAUUCAGACAAUUUGAUGAUCCACGAGGGAUUUAUUGAAUAUUUACCGGAGAAUCCAAUGCACGUCAGAAUCAAAGGAGCUGAUCACCCUGUUCUAAAGUCCUGCCUUGUAGAAGACAAAGAGUACGUAGCCACCUCGGCUUUAAAGAAGUUUCACCCGGCAAUUUAUGGACGUUCAGCGCCUUACAUAGUAGAUAUUACCACCCGUGCUCAUCAACAGAUAAUGUUGACUCCAGAACGGUCAUCCCUUCUACAAAGUACCUCCUAUUUAAAAGACAAGGAAGCCAGUCCUGCUAUUACUGUCAAUUUUACCCGGUCGUUAAAUAAACAACCGAGUGAUGCCUCGCCUCAUGUUGACACAGAAGAAUGGGAAUGGCUGGUACAUGUCUUUUGUAAUCUUACCGGAACUGUUUAUACCAAAGAACAUGCCAAGAUUAUUGACGAUAUUACUCAGUUUAUGAAUGAAGUAGGUAUGUAUCUUGAUAACAAACGUCUGAACACUGUUUCAGAAAUGCUGCCGGUUUUUAUUGAGUUUUAUCAGAGCGACAGAGCCAAAACCCUUCAAGCUCGAUUUCAAAGCAUUUCUAAGAACCAACCACAUGAUUAUGAGACCCGGAGGAAGAAGAACAUGGAAUUUCGAAAAAUUGGCGAAAAGCAACAUGUCUUGUCGGGCGAGCAACAAAGAAAAGAAAAUAACGCAAACUUAUUUCAGAGGACAUGCUCAUCCUGUGAAUUGCCGUGUGUCAAGACAGAACAUUGCAAGGGAUCACAAACAAAUGCUACAGAGUUUCACUCCGACAUGAGGAAUCACUCCGGAAACAGUGACUGUGAUGCGAUAGACGAAAGGAGCGAGACAAAACGUAGUGGGGACUUCGUUGAAAACCAUAUUUCGUCCGAAAAAGAGCAGCUAUUGACAAUGCAGAAGUAUCAAAGUCCCUCUCAAGGUGAAGCGGAAGCACGUGAAAAGCGAAUACAAAACCUCUUUUUCGAUCACCUGUUUGGAUCCAUAACUGAACUAGGAGAACAUUCCAUUAAGGAAGCCACCAAAGUCACAGACUUUGAAAAGUGUUCGGAUCAUCAAGAAGGUGGAUUCGACUUCGUUCCAGCAUUUAAAGCUCCAGGAUGGCCCAUGGUUGCGCAAGAAUGGAUCACAAGAGAACGCAAGUGGCCUUCACAGGAGGUAAUCGACCAAAUUCUCCAGGAGGGUUUUCAUCUGGUCGUUAAAGCGCCAAAGAAUGAGGGUAAUCUAGAAUGCGAUUUCAGAAUAUCAUUUGCAAAUGCAGAAUACCUCUUAAGCAGAGAGUUAAACGAAGUCCAGCGUGAGUGUUACUGGUGCCUAAAAAAAUUUCAUCGAGCCUAUCUUUCCACAAAACCCAAGAGUUUGGUGUCGUUUCACCUGAAGAACCUCUUUCUGCAAACAGUUGAAGAGACUGGUACUGAAAUUUGGACGCAAAGCAACAGAGUUUAUGAGACAUUUCUGAGUUAG